AGCUUGUUGCCAGUUCUCCCUUCUCUCUCUCCUCCUCUCUCUUCAGUAUGUUUCUUUUUGUUUUUUGUUUUCCCUGAAGAGCUUCCUCAAUGUUCUAUCUCACCUGAUGAAUACUUCGUGUUGCACCUAUUGAAUUUCUUUUUUUCGAAAGGAAGGACGGCGCUAUUGAAUUUCGUAUGACAGCCGUUGUGCUUUGCACAACAGCAGAGACGCCAGCCAGCUCUGCUGCUGCAUAGCGGACAGGAGUAGCCAAUGGAGCAGGACUUGCACCAGCCCAUGGACCUGCCCCCGGGCUUCCGCUUCCACCCGACGGACGAGGAGCUCAUCACGCACUACCUCGCCAGCAAGGUCGCCGACGCCCACUUCGCCGCCGUCGCCGUCGCCGUGGCCGACCUCAACAAGUGCGAGCCCUGGGACCUGCCAUCGCUGGCAAAGAUGGGGGAGAAGGAGUGGUACUUCUUCUGUCUCAAGGACCGGAAGUACCCGACGGGUCUGAGGACGAACAGGGCCACGGAGGCCGGGUAUUGGAAGGCCACGGGCAAGGACAAGGGCAUCUUUAGGGGCAAGACCCUCGUCGGCUCCAAGAAGACGCUCGUCUUCUAUACGGGGAGGGCGCCCAAAGGCGAAAAGUCUGGCUGGGUCAUGCACGAAUACCGCCUCCACGGUGUCCCUAAGGCCGCAUCCAAGAACGAGUGGGUGCUGUGCAGGGUGUUCAAGAAGAGCCUCGCAGGAGUGGUACCAGCAACGGCCAAGGAAGGCGCCGGGGAGAUGGCCAUGAUGGACGACAUAGUCAUCUCUCACCUCAGUCCGCUGAUGGACAUGUCCGGCGCCGUGGCCGUCAACCCCGCGGCGGCACACGUGGCCUGCUUCUCCAACGCGCUGGGGGGCCAGUUCUUCAACCAGUCGGCGGCACAAGUCGCCGGCGCAGCUGGUGGCGUCGGUGGCACGAACCAUCUCAGCCUCGCCUCCUCAUCCCCGUUCCUGACCAGCUUCGCGCAGUACGGGCAGCUGCACCACGGCAUGAGCCUGGUGCAACUCCUGGAGAGCAACGGGUACGGCGACGCGGGCAGGCAACGGCAGCCGGCGCCGUGCAAGGGCGAGCGGGGGAGGCUGAGCGCGUCGCAGGACACCGGCCUCACCUCCGACGUGAACCCCGAGAUCUCUUCCUCCUCCGGCCAAAGAUUUGACCACGAGCAGCUCUGGGGCUACUAAUCAAGCUCUACGCACCUCGUCAAUGGAGAUCAGUAUAGAAGUACUGUAAUUAAACCUGUGAGAUUCAUCGAUUGUGGCAUCGGGCUGCGUUCCAUUUGUUAGCGUGCUUGUAGAUUAUCAGGCGAUUUGAGGGUAUAAUUAGCAUUGCAGUAUCCAUGAUUUGGCGCAAUAUUUCCCGAGUUAACAUCAAGCUAUGGAUGGGAUAGAUACCUACCUCUGCUAGCUAUCUACUCUAUAGUUAGUUAGGCUCAAUUGAGUAGUUGUUUGUGAAAAGGGGCUAGUGUGAUCUCAUCCUGAACGUACCUAAAAGUUUGACUUGUUAUUAUGGUACUAGUAGCCAUGCUA